CGAAUUUUCUACCAUUUUAGAUACAUACACAAAACUUCUUUAAACACAAUCUAACUCACGUUUAAACUUGAAUCGUCCACAAUGCAAGCGAAGGGUGGAGGGCAGGAGUGGUUCUACCAUGCUCCUUCACAGAGGAGGAUCCAGGAUAAGAUGCCGGUUCCUCCCGCAUCCCAGAUCCCGGGUCUUUCAGCUGAUGAUCAAGAAGCUUUUGAGAGAGAAACUGGAACAAACAAAAGAAAUUGGGUUCGCGACACUGAUUCGAAAUAUAUUCAACUCGCCAAACAAGGGGGAAGAAAAAAUCUCCUCACAUUUAAUGUAAAGGAACUCAACCCGGACCCGAAAUCCUAUCCCCGAGUUGAUUGGUUCGACCACGUUCCCAUGACAAUAGAAGAUGAAAAGAAAAUAUUAGCAGAGCGACAAUGGAAUCCACCUGAAUACAUGGUGCAUGACGCGAUCAUUGAACCAGAACCAGUGUCACGCAUCAGUGAAGUCGAACUCGGCGAAGCGCGAAAGAUCGGACGAGGUAUCCAAGAGAAGUACGAGGGAAGGGGAAUCCCCUAUCAUACAGAUUAUUCAUCAGUGGCUUAUGGGAAGAAUCCGCAAGGACAGAAUGGAGAAUUAAAACUUCCUAAAAUAAAAACUAACCAAGGCGCAGCAAGGGAGGUUGAAUUCCAGAAGCUUCUAAGUGGAGGAUAUGGCAUUGAUUGGGUGAAACAAAGGAGGGAGAAUGAAAGAAGUUUUAAACGGAAAGAAAAACAAGGACCAAAGAAACAAUCAAUUUUCAACAUGACAGAAUAUCAACAAAGUAUUUCAAGAAAAGAAAUCCCGAAACAGAAAUUGAAACCAAUUUAUUUCCCAUCCCAAAAAAGAGAAGAAAUUGUUAAAGCUCCGUUCAAAUUAAGCAAAUUUUCCAACGUCAGUUCAAAACUUGCCACUGGAGGGCUUAAGUCUUGAGAGUAGCAGUUAAUAAUCGAGAAUUUUUAACAAAUGUUUUUUAAACUUUUUGUGCCUUUACCGUCACUGUGGGCUUCUAUUACGCGACUCUAACAGAAAGUAUAAAGUUAAAUACUUUUAAAUAUUAGUUUUGAAACAAUUUUCAGUUUGUGUCUAAUUUGCUGGACCAAAUAAAUAUAUUCUAAUAUUG